UCUUUGAAUUCAACAUACAAGAUGAAGUUAGUACUUGCCUUGGCUGUCUGCUUUUUUGGCAGCGUGAUCGCUUCUAGCGAUAAAGUGGAUUGGACUAAUGUACCACCAUUACAUGUGGAUCCUAAAAUCCCAUAUCAUCCACGCAUGAACCUCGAUGGACCUACAGGACGUAUUACCAAUGGUCAAAUAGCUGAUGAAAAACAAUUCCCCUAUCAAGCCGGUUUGAGAUUGUACAUAUCCGGUGGCGCUGUUUGGUGUGGUGGCAGUUUGAUCUCUGAUCGUUGGGUGCUGACCGCUGCGCAUUGCACAGAUUCUUUGACCACUGGCGUUGAUGUGUACUUGGGCGCUUGGGAUCGCACAGACGCAACCGAAAAGAACCAACAGAUCAUUUUCGUUUCUAAAAAGAAUGUUAUUGUGCACGAGAAUUGGGAUAGAUCCGCAAUUAUCAAUGAUAUUUCGCUCAUUAAAUUGCCAGUUCCAAUUGAAUUCAACGAUUACAUUCAACCAAUUGCCUUGCCCAAAAAAUCAGCCAGUUACGACACCUACGUCAAUCAGCCAGUGAUCGCUUCCGGUUGGGGAAAGAUUACCGAUUCUGCUACGGCCGUCACCAAUAUAUUGCGUUGGAUUGAAGUGCCAGUUUUGUCGAACACAGUUUGCAACCGUUGGUUCGUUGGUUCCGUUAAGUCCACAAACAUUUGCAUCAGGACAACUGGCGGUAAGUCAACUUGCAACGGUGAUUCGGGUGGUCCAUUGGCGUACAAUGAUGGUGAGAGCACUGUUUUGGUUGGUGCCACUUCCUUUGGUAUUGCUUUGGGUUGUGAGAUUGGCUGGCCAAGUGUGUUCACUCGCAUCACUUCCUACUUGGAUUGGAUCGAAGAAAAGACCGGUAUUGCAUAUAACUAAAUGGAGAUACAAUAAAUUCUUUAAUAUUAUUUAUACACCUUAA